GUAGUAUAUUCACAAAAACUAGCGAGAUAUAAUACCUAGACUCCUAGAGAACAACCUAAGUCUAAUUUAUUUGAAUAUACAAAAUAUAAAUAAUAUAUAAUUGUUCCAGUUAUAUAUAACAAUAAUGGCUGCUUUAGAAAGCAAGCGUGUUCUUCUUGCAGUUUUAGUCCUCCUUUGCUUCUUCUCCAUCCAAGCUCGAGCACGAACAUUGAAAGAAAUUAGUAAAUUAACUAAUAGAGGUGAUCAUCAUGGCAACAGUGAUGCUCAUGAUAACAAAGAGGCGCACAAUAGCAAAUUUAAGUCGGAAGAACAUAAUCAUGAUGAGGUUAAUGGUGGAAGUGAAGUGUUCUCAAUGGAUUACACUCCAGCCUCGAGGAAGCCACCGAUCCAUAAUUAAUUAAAUAGUUUCCAAUUUUAUUGUAUUUUUUGGUAUAAUUAACUAGCUAGUUUAUAUUGUAAUAUAACGUUUAUCGUGAUGUAAAUAUUACCCAGAUCUAAAAUAUAAGCCACAAUAAGAAAAGUAUCAACUUUUUUGGCC